AUGGAAUUUAAAUCUCCUAUGAAUAUGAAUAAUUUAUCAAAAAAACAUUAUCAUCAUAAUGAACAUUCAUUAACAAAUCAAUAUUAUAAAGAAAUGUUUCAUUCAAAAGAAUGUCUUCCUAAUCAGUUACCAUUAUUACAUAAUAAUAAUAAUCAGAAUAACUUUUCUUAUUUAAUGACAAUGAAUGAAAAUACUAAUUCUAAUCAAAAUUAUAAAUGUGAACAAUCAAUGAUUCAAUCUAUAUACCCUUCAAUAGAAAAUCAAUUCAUACCAUCAUCAUUAUCAUCACCAUCAUUUACAUUGGCAACAUCGUUAGCGUCGACAGCAUCCUCAUCAUUAUUAUUAUCAUCAUCAUCAUCAAUACAGACACCAAUUGUAAAUGAAGUGAAAUAUUCUAAUCAUUUGAAUUAUAUACAACAUUUUAAUUCACAAAUGAAAUCCCCGAUGUAUGAUUUAAAGCCUACAUCAAUGUAUCAUCAUCGUAACAAUACUUGUGUUAAUAAUAAUAAUAAUAGUAAUAAUAAAUUUUCAAAACACACUGAUGGAUCAAGUUCAUUAACCUAUGGAUCGACAGAGACGGUAAAUUCCAAAAACCCAGCUAUAUUCAUUCACAAUAAACAACCUUUAAUGAAAAAUGAUAAAAUUUAUAAAAACACAGAGUUGAAUGAUAUUAUUAAUUGUAAUUCUAGUGUUGAAGAAGGAGAUGUUGAUAAUGAUGACGUCGAUGGGAAUAAUAAUAAUGAUGAUGAUAAUGAGGAGGAGGAGGAGGAUGACAUCAAUGAUACAGUUGAAGAGAGUGAAGAUGUCUCCUCCAGCAAUUGUACUGAUGAUAUUCAACAUUUAUGUCAAGUAUGCGGUGAUCGAAGCAGCGGUAAACAUUAUGGUCAGUAUACAUGUGAAGGGUGUAAAAGCUUUUUUAAACGUUCUGUACGUAAAUCAGCCAAUUAUGUAUGUAGAUCUGGUGGACAAUGCCCAGUCGAUGCACAAAGACGUAACCAAUGUCAAGCAUGUCGUUUAUCACGUUGUUUAUUAGCUGGUAUGAAAAAAUCUGGUAUGUUAUUAAUUUUAAUGAAUAGUUUACAACAAUUUGAGAAUAUAUAG